AGUUUUUAUAAACAUACCAGGGGUAUGCUUCACACACAGAAUCUCAUGGCAGCAGAGAGUAACAAAGAGAGGGAGGUUUCAGAGGAACAGGGCCCUUUCACCACUGUCACCACUAAAUCAGCUAAAGAGGAAACCAAAGACAUCAAGGUUGAACCUGUUCCUCUGCCGGAGAGAGACAAUGAAGACAACUGGAUGGAUUUGGAUAUAAAAGAAGAGAUUCCACUGGAGGAGAGGGAUUACACUCCUGAGGACAUUGUGUCAAAGACAGAUAACUUUUUACAUUGCACGGUUUGCAAUGUCACCUGUUCUGGGGAAACACCGAUGAGGCAGCAUUUGGAGGGUGCUAAACACAGAAGUAAAGUAACAAAACUAAACGAAGACGACUCUGCUGUGGUGUCCAAGACGAAGGCUAAUGAAACGCGGCCCAAAUUGAUUGACGUAUCUAUAGAAGCCAUGAUCACUAAAACUCUUGAAAAAAGCAAUACUUAUUUAAUAGGCCUACAGUAUGUGACUGAAUUCCAGCCUGAAGAGGGGAAUCCCAGAUACGUUUGUAACCUGUGUGAAUCCAAGUGUGAUAAGAACACUCUGCUUAAUCAUCUAUCUGGUGUCAAGCACAGGAUGAAGUACUUUAAAUUCAAUCAUAAUGACAUCUAUCAACAUCUGAAUACUAACAUGAAUAGCAAGAAGAAAUCUGACUUGAAUUUAAGUUCUGAGGCUUUUGCAGCGGAUAUUAUAGACAAGUACGGUCAACAGAAGGUUAAAGUGAAAUUGGAAAUUAGCCAAAGGUCUACAAUGGUAGCAGAAGCCAUCCUGAAGCGCAGUGGUGUAGAUGUUACGGAUUCUUCAGUGGCAGACUUUAUCAAAAAGAAGAAAGCACUGAAGCAUGUUAGAAAUGAGGAUGACAGCGAUGAAGAUGUUAGUCCGCUGAAAAAAAUACCUAAACAGGAGAAAGUAGAGCAUGAACCACAAGGUGAUGUAAGUACAGCCACAAGAGGUCGUGGAAAAACCUUAAAAGGUCAUGGAAAAACCCUAAAAGGUCAGGGAAAAUCCUUAAAAGCCAUCAGAGAAGGAGGAGAUCGGGGAAAAACCUUAAAAGGUCGGGGGGAAACCUUGAAAGCCAUCAGAGAAGGAGGAGAUCUGUCAUCUACCACAAGUGUUGGGAGAAAGGUGAAGAGUUCGGCAGGGUAUCCAUACCAGUUAGGAGGAAGAGAUGAACACGAUGAUCCAGAAGAGGAUCCAUAUUUAAGGGCAAGGAAAAGAAAGGAACGAUACGACUACGAUGAUGAUGAGAGUUUUUUGAAGAAAAGACAGGUUUUUGAUUACGGACAUCGUGAUACGUCACCAACGCCUAGUGAAAAGCAAGUGUUUGAGUAUGAUAACAAAUCAUUGCCAGGAGGGAAACAAGUUUUUGAUUAUGACAAUAAGUCAUUAAAGCCAGGAGAAAAACAAGUUUUUGAUUAUGACAAUAAGCCGUUAAGGCCAGGAGAAAAACAAGUUUUUGAUUAUGACAAUAAGUCAUUAAGGCCAGGAGAAAAACAAGUUUUUGAUUAUGACAAUAAGCCGUUAAGGCCAGGAGAAAAACAAGUUUUUGAUUAUGACAAUAAGCCGUUAAGGCCAGGAGAAAAACAAGUUUUUGAAUACAGCAAUAAAUCAUCGAAACCGAGCAAAGUACAGGCUUGUGAUUACAGUGAAACUUCCACAAGACAAAGAACAAAAUUGGUGUUUGAUUAUGACGACACAGAAGAGAUGUCAGAUGAGGAUUACAGAGACGAAUCGUCUUCUUCAAAUAGUGAGACAGAGAAGUUUGAUGUAGAUUACAGGGACAAAUCGUCUGCUACAAAGGGUAAGAAAGAGGUGUUUGAUAUGGAUUACAGGAAAAAAACGUCAAACAUUGAACAGAAACAGGAGUCCAAUUUUCAGAAAAAUCACAAAGGUCAAAGUCAUAAAGAGGACAAAGUGAAUUCGAAACAAGUGACAGCAGAAGAUGAUUUCGCGGAAAGUGAGAGACUUUUUAGGGAGUUCAUGAAAUGGAAGAAGGCAGCAGCUUUAUCCAGCAAUAGUGUUGAUCCUAGUACUACUGUCACAACCAAGACCAG